AUACAUUAUAUAAAAUACCAGGGCUGUAGAGAACAACUGUUUUUCCCGUGCACUUUGGAAAUGCAUUUUGUAGAAGUACCUUUUUAAAGGUAUUUUUUAUACAUAUCUUAGAAUUCAGCUGUGAUUUUUAUGCAUUUCAGAAGUGAGUGGACUCAACACUGCCUUGCAGUGAUGUCGGGACAGCUGGCUCAUCCCAGCGCUCAUUUCCAGCCUGGAAAAGCCCAGGAGCACCUUUUUGAAUUCACCCCGAUGAUGCUCCAGGCGUGCGGGGCGCUGCCGGUGACAUCGCGGGCACCGUGUGGCCCCGGAGCCUUCCCGACCCGCAGAGCAGGGAGAGGCCAAGCUUUGCCUCCAUCCCCCGUGUCCAGCUCACAACAGGAACGGCACGGCCCGAGUUCCAGGAGUGUUUGGGCAGCGCCUCAGGCCCAGGGUGGGAUUUUGGGGGAUGCUGCUGUGCAGGGCCGGGAGCUGAGCUCCGUGAUCCCUGCGGGUCCCUGCCAGCUGGGCAGAGUCAGUGACUCUGUGCCAUUUGCCCUUCAUGUGCUACAAGCGGGAGCUGGGUUUGGGCACGCGGUGAGGCCGGCGGCAGUUUGGAGCCGGCUGGAGCCCUUUGGAAGGCCGGGGGUGCCGGGCGGGCCACCCCCUCCGUGCCUCGUCUGACGGGACUUCUGGGUGUCCUCGUUUCUGGGUGAAUAAAAGCGUCUUUGUGCCGAGCCUCGGCGGAUCAGGUGAGGAGCCGGAGCCCGUCCCGUGACGCAGGUGCGGGCGGUGCUGGCAGCGCUCCCGGCCCGGGCCUUCCUCCCGCUCUGCCCGGGACGAGCCCUUCCCUCCGCCGGCGGUGGCCGGCCCGGGGCUGACGCAGGACCUGCCCUCCUCCAUCAAUAUUUGCUCUGGCGCCAGCAGGGAAGGCUCGCAGCGCUCCCGCAGGAGCUCCAGCCUCACACGUAUCGCCGCAGACGGUGCCGGAGCCCCGCGGAGCAUGAGGGACCGGCUGGCGGAGCUGCAGCAGCGAGUGGCGGCCGAGGGGGACCCGCACGACGACUCCCUGCGCUUCGACAACCCCGCGUUCGUCGGGGACGACGCCAGCCCCGUGGGCCGGGCGCUGCGGGAGGCGGCCGAGCUGUGGCGGGCGCUGGAGCGGCUGGAGCAGCUCUCGGAGAGCAUCGACAGGACGCAGCAGUCGGUGCUGUGCUGCACCUCGGAGGAGAGCAUCGCCCGCGAGAAGAGCGGCCUCGGCGCGGCCCGGGCCGCCUUCGCCCGCCAGGCCGCGGCCCUGCAGCCCCGGCUGGGAGCGCUGCCGGCGGCCCCGGUCGGGGGCUCGGGGCGAGCGGGGCCCCGCGUCCGCCAGACCCAGCUGUGGCUGCUGCUGCGCCGCUACGGCGCCGUCCUCGCCCGCCACUACGCCCGGGAGAGCCGCUACCGGCACCGGCUGAAGGAGCAGAUCCAGAGGCAGGCGGAGCUGGCGGGCAUCAACCUGGGCGCCCAGGACGUGGAUCUGCUGGCCGAGAGCCCCCAGGGGCCUCGCAUCGUCGGCCGCGACCUGGAGGAGCUCAAGGCCAAGCAUCACCUGGGCCUGGCCCAGGCUCGGCAGCGGCAGCUGCUGGAGCUGGAGGCGCAGAUGCUGGAGCUGCGCGGGCUGUUCGUGCAGCUGGAGGGGCUGCUGGCCCAGCAGCACGGCGCUGCCGACAGCGUGGAGCAGCACGUCCUGCGCACCCUCGACUACGCGGCCCAGACGGGCGGCGGGGUGAAGAGAGCCCGCAAAUACCAGCGGCCGUCGCGGCUCUCGGCCCUGCUGACGGCGGCUCUCGGCCUCUGCUCCUGCUGCCCCUGCCUGCCCUGCCCCGGCCGGGGCCUGCGCUGAGCCGGGGCUGCGGGGGCUUUGCAGCAGCGCUCGGGGAUUCACCCCGCGCCGGGCGAGAAACGGCGUCUGGUGGGAGGGAGGAUGUCCUGGGCUCCUGGAACAGCGGGGCAGGAGACGUGGACACCUUGUAUGAUGGUGUGAGGACCAUGCGUACCUUGUAAAAUGGUGUGAGGGCCAUGCACGCCUUCCUUGAUGGCACAGAGACCAUGCACGACUUGCUCAGGGAUGGAGGGUCCAUGCACACCUCACAUGGCAGCAUGGGGAUCACACACAGCUUCCCUGAUGGCACAGGGACCAUGCACACCAUGUCUGCUGGCACAGGGACCAUGCACACCAUUCCUGAUGGCACAGGGACCAUGCACACCUUGGAUGGCAGCACAGGGACCAUGCACACCAUUCCUGAUGGCACAGGGACCGUGCACACCUUGGAUGGCAGCACAGGGACCAUGCACACCAUUCCUGAUGGCACAGGGGCCGUGCACACCUUGGAUGGCAGCACAGGGACUGGCUGCACCUUGCACAGUGAUGGAAUAACCAUUCACACCCCACCUGGAAGCACGAGGACCAGGAACCUCGUGCACAGUGGCACAAGGACUGCCAGCACCUUUCCUGAUGGCACAGGGACCCUGCACACUUUGUGUGGAGCACGGGGACCAGGCAGACCUUGUGCAUUUAUAUAAGGACAAUAUGCACACCUUAUAUAACAUAAUGUAAAGAUCAUACACACCUUGCUUGAUGGCACAGGGACCUUGCACAUCUUGAUGGCAUCAUGCACCUCCAUUGCAGCACCCAGCCAAGAAAAGCACUUUUAACACUCCAAAACCUGACUUCAGAACUGUCACAUUCCUUGGUUUCAAGGAGAGAGGGCAAAAAGCCUGUUGAAGUUUUUGGCAGGACUGUGGUUACCUGUGAGGGGACCCAAUGGCUUGGUUCCACCAAGGAGCAGCAUGAAGGUUCCUCCACCACACCCCGAUCCUGAUUCACCCCACUUCCUCCAAUUUCUCCUUCCUUGGGGUUAUUUGGUGCAUUCAUGUUGCAUUUUGGUCGUUGCUGGUUUGUCAGGCAGUGGGUCAGCUUUGGCCUGGGUGUUCCUCAUGGCUCAUCCCAUGCUCUGACACCAGGAGAGGAUUUGCACAAUUGGUUUGGGCAUCUGCAGGCUUUUACUUCAGCCUGCACUUUGCUAAACCAGCCAAUAUCCUCCACGUGCUGGAAAUGCUGGAAACUUAGAGUGGCCCUUUUUUCUGGUCCCCAUAUCACCACCUGAAUUUCCCAAAACCUCACAAAUUAAAGCCUGGGGCCUGGUUAAGUUUUUUGGGACCCUUUGUGGAAGGUCCCUCUGUGUCCUGGCAGUUCCUGGCAGCUCAUCCCAGUGCUCUCAGCAACCCUUACAUUUAUUUUCAUCUUCUGGCUGAGCUUUA